AUGGAGGCAGUACGACCUAAGAAGACCAAAGCGAAAGUUGUUGGAAAGGUCAGGAAGCAAAAAACAACAGAAGACAAGGGAAAUGCCCCCUCAGCCGUGUGUGAUGAUGCUUUCACCAGCAUCCCUCUAUGUGCCCCACUCCAGGAACCACAGGAGGAAAAAUGUGAGCCCACUCUUGUGCCUGAGACUAAACCCGAGCCACUAAAUUUGCCCACAGAGGCGCACGAGCCUGCGUCAAAUGAGACUUUACAAUCAGUUCUAGAUUUGCCACAGACAUCACAAGCCUCGGUGCAACAGAAGAAAGGAAUUGAUUUGGACGUGAGCGUGUCGGGGUCUGAGAUUAUGGGCACGUCACAUGUUUCGACACAUUUAGACAUUAAAAGUGUCCCCAGUGCACCUUCUCUGUAUCCAUCUGUCCCAACACUGGAGGAAGGAUCCUUGAUUGAGCUUCACAGUGCGGCAGUGAAGAAUUCUGUGAAAGGACCUGCUGUUUUAGCAAUUGCCGAGCAGGAAUCUUCACCUAGUUUGGAGCCGCUGGAGUCUGUGGUUGAACUAUCCAAGACCAAACUCUACCCUGAAUUACCAAGAACCACAGCAGAAGUUCAGCCAUUCUCUUUGGAGCAGCUGAGCGUUUGGGAGCCUGGAGGAGGGUUACGAACUUGGCUCGAAGGCGUCGAAGUAUGCACAGCUCAGUUCUGUGCGCUCGCUCGACAGGAGAGUCACGAAUUAGCCGAACUUCUACAAAACUACUGGCGAUGUCGCAGACAGCUGACCCAAUCUCACACACAAUUACACACGCAGUCGUCAGACUGCAAAAGCACUCAGAAUCGUCUAUGGAGCUUCAGAGAUGAACAGUUAACACUUCAGGGAUUGUGUGCAGAUCAAUCGAAAGUGUGUGGAUACCAUCGCUUCCAGCAGGCAGAAUUCAGUCAUAGUGUGCUGGCUGAGCUGAGCAAACUCUUUGAAAUUCGCAGUGAACUUUUGCAUCAGAAGGUUGCACUACAUGCUUAUACUGCUCUGCUUUCACGCCUCCAGGUGGAAUUCUUCUUGUACCGCCUAUUAAAAGAAUGUUCUCCUAACCAAAGACAGCCAUGUUCUAUUCAACCAUUGAAAGAUGCCAUCAGCGUCCUCUUUAGUUUCAUGCGAAGAGUCCUUGAUGAUACACAAUUUCAGGCAGACAUUCAUCACUGGAUGGAAAUACUGGUGGCAGUGCUGCUACAUGUUGGAGGGUCAGGAGAGCACCUGUUCUUGCUGUGUCAUUUGCUGUGCUGUCCUGCUGGGGUUGGCAAGUGGGCUGCCCCCUUCCUUCAGAUCAAAGUGAAAGGGAACACCUGUGGAGUCCAGGACUUCAUGCAAGCUUUGGCAAUUCUUAUGUCACCUGCUCGACAUCGUGCAGAGUUUCUGACCCAUAUGAAACCAUGUGAGAACCUAAAUUCAGCGUCGUCUGGACCUGAAUCGGGCAACUGGACUCUUGUGGAUGAAGGAGGAGAAGAGGAUGAGGACCCAGAAAGCAGUUGGUUGCUGCUGUGUGAGGAUGACCUUGUCUCCUUUAUGACCCAGUUCCCGUUCCAGCAGCUCUAUUCACACAUGCUGGGGAUGAGCAAGCAUGGUGCCUAUGAGUCUCACGGGUACUCAAGCCAAAAGAUGAUGCGUGUGUUCGCUUUUGCCUCUUCACUCAUUGAAAUUCUCGCCCUCGGCCUACAAACCUAUAACAGGGCCCGAUACAGACAGCUUGUGAAACGAAUAGGACACAUGAUUCGGAUGACCCUGUGUUAUGUCAGUGAUCAUUGGGCACAAUAUGUUAGUGUGACUGGUACUAGUGGAUCCAGCACACACGUGCACUCUUUACCUCUGGAAAAGCUGCAGGUGGAAUAUGAUCAUCUAUUUCUCAGGGCUGUCCUGCAUGUUCUCAGAAGCAAAAGGUUGGGAAUUUGGUUAUUCAUGUCUGAAAUGCCAUAUGGGACUCUAUCCAGCCCCAUGCUUUGGAGGAUUCUUUAUGUAAUGCAGUGUGCUGAAACUGAAGGAGUGGAAACACUUAGUACUUCUCAUGACACCCAGGCCUGCAUUCAAGCUUUAAGCGAACCAGAACAUCAAGACAGGUUUGAGCUGUGGUUGUGUGAGGUUAACAGCUCUGACGGUAUCUCCCUCCUUACUGCACUUGCUCACAUGGCCACACCCACACAGUACUCUGAUCCUGCUUUCGUCACAACCAUCACUCUACUCAUUUACCAGGUGUCUUAUGUGAGCGUAUCCACCAGAGAAAUUUACUCUAAGGUUGGAAGAGAGUUGUUGGCUACCAUAGCCUCAGCCCAUCCCUUUAUUAUUUCUGUGCUACUGGGAAGGCUGAGAGAAACCAUCCAGACUGUGGGCAUGGUGGCACUGUACUUGUGUAAAGAGCUUCCCCUAAGCCUGUGGUGUCCUCAGCCAGAGGAGAUAUGCGUAAUUGGUGCGUGGUUGCUCCGGCAUCCUCUGUCUGCUGUGGAGAAUCGACUGGCUUGUGUAAUAUUAGAGGGUCUUAACUGGGGAUACUCACAGGAUGGAUCCUUGGCCUUGUCAUCAUCACUCCAUAGUGAAGUGGCUCUGCUAGUGGCUGAGGCGUAUCAAAAGUACCUGACUGACAAACCCUAUAGUGGUCUCAUAUCAGAAGGAAUUAAACAGGUGUCAUAUCUUGCGAGUGUCCUUCGCUUAGGCGUCUCCCCUGAGGCCUCUUUCAGUCAAUGGGCGUGGCAGCUCUUACUCAGGCUAAAGCUUCAUGCCAAUGCACAGAACCCAAAAGGGGCUUGGUCAGCUCCUGCUUUGGGGUCUGUCCCGCCUGCAGAACUCACGCACUCCCCCAGCAUGCACUCUGUUCUCCGAGCUGUAAAAGCAGGCAUCCCUAUUGGAGCAUACCUGUCGAUUGCCAUGACAACAGUGGGACACAGCCUGGAGCACUUUUGUACUGAGGGAGUCGGCUUGUUAAAGAGUUUGAUUCAGUCUCGGCACCUGCGCGCAGCUGUGCACCUUUUGGACAACAUCCUUCCUCAAAUCUACCCACUUAGUUUCUACCUUCUCAGCAACGCUCAGUUCCUAAGUAGCAUUCAGUUAUUCUUGCAGUACGACAGUGUGUGUCCUCAAGGUGUGACACAACAAGUGACACAUCGAGUAGCGCCGCUCCUCACUGGAACAACCUAUGGAGACAAUGUCCGACUGCUGAACAGUGUUAUUCAGAGCCAUGUGGUUGAGAGUUCACAGCCCAGUCGUGUGGGUGCUGCCGCUGUGCUGGAGUUUUGGGUGGGGAUUUUGACCCAGCAGAACCUAUGGUACCGGGACAAAACAGUGUUGUUCCUCAUUGAUCAAAUCUGUUUUGCGGCAUUCACACAUCAUCAGGAGGAUUGUCUACUGAAGCUCCUUCACCAACAGCAUAAGAAUGCUUUGGGUUACCAUGGAGAUCGAGGUCUGCUCUCCUCCCUGGUAGGCUGGAUUGCUGGAAAUGCAACACCGUCUUUUAUAGAGGGACAAUCACUGAGUGCAGAAGUUUGGUUUGCCUGGCUGGUGCUUAACAUGGAGGGCACAUUUGAGGAGGACUCUCAGCUCAGACGAUGUGUUGAAAAUGAGCUCUUGUCAGAGCCGAGUAUCUCUCCAGAACAAGCCUUAAAGAGGGCCCAGCAGAGGCUGAAGUUGCCAGUCACCCCAUCAUUGCAGCGACUACAAGUUUACCGUUGGGCCUGGCAGGCAUUGGCCACACCCCCUGACCACCCCCUCUUACCACUGGUUUGGCAGAAGUUCCUACAGCUGUACCUCAGGCAGCCCGGUCCCGAUUAUGGACUGGCUGCUGGUGGAUGCAUUGGCCGAAGAUUCUUCCAGUCGUCCUCUCAAGCCACAUUGCUACAAGACUUGAGGCAGAGAAUACAAACUGUAUCGGACUUCCACCAUGCUGCCAGUCAGGCCCUAAGGGUGCCGCCAACAGGCACAUCUUCAGCAGGCAACCAUGGCGACCAACGUCCUGGUAGCCCCUGCCGCUCCUACCUCACCUCUCCCCAGCUACACACAGAGUUGGUCAGGUUGUUUGGUGUUUUUGCCCUGUGGUUGGAUGAUGAAACUCUGCAGAAGCAGGAAAUUUACCUUCCUUCUCUUCCACCCGAAUAUGAACCACACAGACUUGCCCAGGUUAUGCAGCAGCAACAGGAACUGUGGCUGGAAUAUAUCGACCAAGAGCGUCUGCAGUAUGAAAAGAAGGAGGUACUGUCCAUGUGGGAGAAGGUGCAGAGCGAGCCAUCAUUCCUUCAAACCCAAAACUCCAGCUUGACUGACUAUACGAGCUCCAGCAAUGCAAAGGAUCGUAUCCAGUCCAACUUGCAGAAGCAUCCGGUGCCACUUCCACCUCCCGAUCUCCAACACAUGAAAUCUCCAGUGCCUGAGGUUCCCAACGUUUGUCUCUCUGACUCCAAAGCUGCUGCUGACCUACUUCAACGGGAUCUCAGCAUACUGCAGGACCAAGCCAGGAGUGCGGUAUCACGAGAAGCCCAGCAGGUGGCCAUGGAACAGGAGCUUUUGGAAAGUCUGCCUCUGCUUUACAAGAACCGACCAGAGCAAGUGACCAUGAGCCUGGAAUGUAAAGGAAAAGGAGGGCAACCAUGCCAGGGUCCAGCUAAUAUCAGCGUCACAUGUGAGUGUGUCCAGAGACAGGAGGCGGUGCAGACUCAGAUAACGUCACUACGCAGGGACAUCAAGAACCUCCAUACUGACGCUAUGGCUCCUCCUCCUCAAAGCCUGGCUCAGGCUGCUGUCCACACAGAGAAUUUUAUUACGGCUCUUGUGAACAUGUACAAAUCCCAGAAAUCCCCAUCAGUGCAUCAUGUUGGCGUAUCAGCCUUCUACCAGGUGGUGUCGUUUGUGUGUGAAGACACAUUACGACAUCCACCAACACGCCAGUACCUCUCGUCUUGUGUGGAGAUCCUGGGACAGGUUUUCAUCCAGGGUAAUCCUGAAGAAUGUAACCGUGUCCUGAAGACCAUCCUGGAACAGAGACGUCUUUGCCCUCUUAUUUCUCCUUUCUUCACGCCUAACGCAGCGCCUGGCCAGAUGGUCUCACUCUACCAAGACGUAGUGGCAUCACUACAUCUUGAUAGUGCAGACGUCAUUUUCAUGCUACUCACAAAGUUUGAUUUGUCCAACUGGUUGAACGAAGCUCAUCCCGUAUUUUCCGAGAGGACCCAGUUACUAGAACUCGUCCAUGGAGGCCUUUGUGUAUGCGGCCGAGAACCCGAACAGGAACUUCUCACCCCUUUUCACCUUUUCACCAAACACUGGACCUUGCUUUUACGCCACCACUUCCCUGACCACUACAGUGACUGCCUGCGUCUGCUUAUGACCAGUUCAUCAAACCAGCUACUCAGUCCAGAAUGCUGGAAAGUGACAAUGCGAGCGCUCGGCUGCUCAUCGACUUCCCGCAGCAGCAAGAACAAAUGCGAACAAGGGCAAAGCUCCGACGUCCCUGCUCGCAGAACUGGGUCUCCCUACAGAUCACAAAUCACCCUCUCACCUCAGCAGGUGGAUGAAACGAUAGACUGGCUCAGUGAUUACUUCCUACGCAGUCGCCUCAGCAAACCUGACUUGCGUAGUUUUGGCCUCUACUCUGCCUGGUCUCCUUACAUUAGUGAGGUUGUUACUUUCUGCGACUAUUUGGUUAACUGUCUAAGCAGCGUGUCAAUUAGCAGCUGCGCCAGAGAUUCUGUAGGCAGCAAGAGAAUAAUGAAAGCUCUUCACGAACUACACAAUAAGAUUGUGAAGUUGUUUAAGCCGUGGAUCUUUCCUCUGAACACUGAAGAUGGAAGUAAUCUCAAGUGUUACCCUUGGUUGGAGACCGAUGCGAGUGUCGCAGGGUGCCUGGUCGCUCUUUAUGCUCAACACGUUGACAAACUGCAUCAGAUAUUCAAAGACCGCCUACUUCCUGGCCAAAGAGGUGCACUGUGGCUUACUGUGAUGCUGUACUGUGAAAACUGCACUUCUCCACGGACUCCAGAGUACCUGUUAUACCUGUACCACUCUCACCUGCGCAACCUGCCGUGGAGAUACCUGCAUCCCGACACACUGCUCAUGGAGCAGCUCUUCAAUGUAGAGAGAGGAAGUCCCAAAAGCUGCUUCCUCUUUAUGGGGGAGAUUUUAUGUGAAGUAAACUGGAUCAGUGUCCUAAGUGACCACUUAAACCCACCUCCAGAACUGGUAACUGGCCCACUUCAGUCUAAUUUGGAGCAACAGAAGGAAGAUUCGCAUACCAUGCUGGUGUAUCUGUUAUACAUGCUCGUUUUUCUGGCAAAAGAGGAGCAGCUCCUCAGCCAACAGGACUCCCCACUUCUCAGUCUGCUGAUCCAAUGCACAUCACUGCCUUGGCACCAGUUAGAUCUGUCAUCCUACCAAGGGGUCAUGGCAUAUGUCAGCACUCACUACACUCCAUCUCUGCUGCUUAGCACUGAUUCUGCAACUCACUUGUUGCUUAAGUCACUACGUAGUGCUGCUGGACUCCACCCCCGCCCGUUUGAAGCUGCUCACAUGGAGGAGACGCUGAAGGCAGCUGCGUACGUAUCCUGGGCUGUGCAGUGUUUAGUGACUUUGGAACAAGCGGGCAGCAUCAGCGUGAGCAUCCUGGAGACACAACUGGAAGCACUGUUGGAGAGCAUCGUCUUUUUCAGCCCACCAGAGACGGGACUGGAGCAGAGGCACAUGGCCUUUUGCAGCCUUUUUAGCAGCGCGCUGGCCGCGCUCAACGGAGUCAGCGUCUCUACAGGCGAGGCCCUCGCGGUUCGUGUCAUCGCCUGGCUGGACAGGAAAGGGAGGGGCUUUCCCAUUCUGCCUCUGCUCACUGCUUGCUCCCGCUGUCUGGCCUCGGUGAGCCACAUGACUCGCAUCAUGGAGGCGUGCAUCACAGCGCACUUUAAACACGCUGAGGAGGAGUUUGUUGGCUGGGGUCCCGUGUUGGCAUCACUGCAAGUGCCCGAGCUCACAGCGGAAGACUUCCUGUCUGAGAGCCAAUCAGGAGGCAGCUUCCUGACACUUUACGCCAUCAUCCUCCAACGCCUUAAUUCUGAACACACAGGAGCCAAUGAGAGGAGGACCCUGGCUCUAAUCAACACAUGGACCAAUCAGGUGUUCCCCAGCGGACCAGGCAAUGAAGCUAAGCUGUUUCUUUGGUGGCACAAAGCACUGAAUCUCUCCGUUGAACAGCUGCAGCCUCAAGCGAGUCUCAGUGAAUUAUCAGGGGUGGUCUCCGGUCUGUUGAGAUUUCAAAGCAGGCUACUUCAGCUGGGAGAAGAAAGACUUAACUCUGGACUACUUGGGGCCAUCGGUCUUGGGAAGAAGUCCCCCGUUUCGAACAAAUUCAGGGUGGUGGUUCGUAGCCUAGCAGCGUUUCUCUCCGUGCAAGUGGCAUCAGAAAAUGAGCUCCGACUCCAGCCCACCUCUGACUUGCAAGUCUCUGCAAAAGCACAGCAAACGUUGAGUCUGCUUGAAGCCAUGACUAGCAAUAAGCAGUACGCUGAAUUGGAAGACUCGCUGAAAAAAGCCCUCCAGUUCAUCCGCUAUCCGGGUCACUGUUUGAAAGAUGGACCUCGACUGCUGGCCCUGCUGACAAACUUGCUCUACCCAGACCUCAGAUACCUUCAAAUUAUACAUUGA